CCUCCGCGUCCCGCGAGGCGGUCUCCGGGUGCCCCGCGGGGCGGGCUGGCCGGAGCGGGCACCGCCGGGCGGCCCGCAGCAGGUUGCUGAGAUGGUGCAAUUGUACAACCUGCACCCGUUCGGGUCGCAGGAGGUGGUGCCCUGCAAGUUGGAGCCUGAACGUUUCUGCGGCGGGGGACGCGAUGCGCUGUUCGUGGCGGCCGGUUGCAAGGUGGAGGCGUUCGCAGUCGCCGGCCGGGGGCUGUGCCAGCCAAGGUGUGCCUUUUCCACGCUGGGCAGGGUGCUGCGCCUGGCCUACAGUGAGGCCGGAGACUAUUUGGUAGCAAUUGAAGAGAAAAACAAAGCUACGUUUCUGCGUGCUUAUGUGAACUGGAGAAGUAAAAGGACUGAAAACUCCCGAGUAUGUAUCCGAAUGGUCGGACAUGACGUGGAGGCACCCUUCAGUGAAACCUUCAGAGACCAGAUGUCUAUUGUGGAAAUGCCGCUUUCUGAGGCCCCCCUGUGCCUUUCCUGUUGCCCUGUGAAAGGAGACCUUCUUGUUGGCUGCACAAAUAAGUUAGUUUUAUUUAGUUUGAAGUAUCAGAUCAUUAAUGAAGAAUUCUCAAUAUUGGACUUUGAACGUUCUUUAAUUAUCCAUAUAGAUAAUAUCACCCCUGUUGAAAUUUCUUUUUGUAUUGGAUAUGUCGCUGUCAUGUCAGACUUAGAGGUUUUAAUCCUAAAACUGGAGUCAGACCCCAAAAAUGGAGAGAGUGUUAACCACCAUCCACGUAAGACCAGCAAUCCAGUGAAACUGUCAGAAGACAUCAGUAAUGAGACUUUGCAGCUUGAGUCAGAUGAUUUUGUUAUCUGUCAAAAGCCCAUGGAACUUCUUGGUGAAAAAAGCAAACAGUCUGGAAUAGCUGUUACACUGGAGUCAACAGGAUUAGCUGAUGAAAAAAUAAAAUAUUUCCACGUUCAGCACCUGCUCUAUAGACGUUUUGCUCCUGAUAUUUCAUCCUGUGUCUUGUCGGAUGACAUUAAGUUGCAUUCACUUCAGCUGCUGCCCAUUUACCAAACAGGGUCUCUUACUUCUGAGAGAAAACAUUCAUCUCAGGAGAAAGAGUUGCUGAGCCUCUUUUGUUUUUUCUCAUUACCUCAUGUGGGCUAUCUGUACAUGGUUGUCAAAUCUGUUGAAUUAAUGUCAGUCUACCAGUAUCCUGAGAAGUCUCAGCAGGCGGUGCUCACACCACAAUUUUUGCAUGUCAUCACAAGUAACAACCUGCAGUGUUACACAGUGCGGUGCAGUGCGGCAGCCGCUCGGGAGGAGGACCCGUAUGUGGACACCACCCUGAAGGCUUGCCCACCUGUCAGUAUGGAUGUCUGUGCUUUAAGAAUACAGCUUUUCAUAGGCUUGAAAGCCAUCUGUCACUUUAAAAACCACAUUAUACUUCUGACCAAGGCAGACCCUGAAACAAUUCCAGAGAGAAGAGAGUCACCCAAGAGGCUUCUUUCUAGAAAAGGUACCAGUGUUAAUCUCAAAACACCUCCUGUAGCUGAGGCUGGGUGGAAUUUGUAUAUUGUGAAUACGAUCUCACCAGUGCAACUGUACAAAGAAAUGGUAGACUACAGUAACGCCUACAAGACUGCAAAAACGCAGAGCUGCAUCCACCUUCUCAGCGAGGCUCACCUGUUAGUGAGAGCUGCCCUGAUGGAUGCCAGUCAGCUGGAACCUGGAGAAAAAGCCGAGCUUUUAGAAGCAUUUAAAGAAAGCUGUGGGCACCUUGGAGACUGCUACAGCAGGCUUGACACCCAGUAUUCCCACCUCGCCUUGCCAUACUAUAAGAUGUCUGGUUUGUCUAUGGCUGAAGUUUUGGCCCGAGUGGACUGGGCAUUAGAGGAUGGAGCGCAGAAAUACGAGAGGGGAUUAAUCUUUUACGUUAAUCAUUCACUUUAUGAAAACCUGGAUGAAGAAUUAAGUGAAGAAUUGGCAGCAAAAGUGGUUCAGAUGUUUUAUGUCGCUGAGCCGAAGCAACUGCCCCAUAUUCUCUGUAGUCCUUCUAUGAAGAAUAUUGAUCCUUUAACUGCCAUAAGCUAUUUAAGGAAGCUGGAUACUUCUGGAUUUUCAUCAGUCUUAGUGACAUUGACCAAGGCAGCAGUGGCUUUGAAAAUGAGAGAUCUUGACAUGCACAGAAAUGAAAUGAAAAGCCAUUCAGAGAUGAAGUUGGUAUGUGGCUUCAUUCUGGAACCUCGGCUGUUGAUUCAACAGAGGAAAGGACAGAUUGUUCCAACUGAAUUUGCAGUUCAGUUGAAGGAGACUCAGCCUGGAUUGCUUGUGGCUUCAGUCCUUGGCUUACAGAAGAACAACAAAAUUGGAAUUGAAGAAGCAGAUUCCUUCUUUAAGGUGCUUUGUGGUAAAGAUGAAGAUACGAUUCCUCAGCUCUUAGUAGACUUUUGGGAAGCUCAGCUGGUAGCGUGUCUCCCAGAUGUGGUACUUCAGGAACUCUUUUUCAAGCUCACAUCACAGUACAUCUGGAGAUUAUCUAAGAGGCAGCCACCUGACACCACACCAUUGAGAACAUCAGAGGAUCUGGUAAGAUCUCUCAUAUGUGGUCCUUCAUUUGACAUAGCUUCCAUUAUUCCAUUCUUGGAGCCACUCUCAGAAGACACUGUUGCUGGCCUCAGCGUCCAUGUUCUGUGUCGUACGCGUUUGGAAGAGUAUGAACGGUGCAUAGACAGGCUGUUAGAGAGAUGCCCGGAGGCAGUCAUCCCAUAUGCUAAUCAUGAACUGAAAGAAGAGAAUCGGACUUUGUGGUGGAAAAAGCUGCUGCCUGAACUUUGUCAGAGAAUAAAAUGUGGUGGAGAGAAAUACCAACUUUACUUAUCAUCACUAAAAGAAACACUGUCAGUUGUUGCUGUGGAACUACAACUAAGGGAUUUCUUAAAUGUCCUCCCAGAAGAUGGCACUGCAGCAUUUUUCUUGCCAUAUCUUCUUUACUGCAGUCGAAAGAAAUCAUUGACUUAAAGGUAUCAUUUGAAAUAUACCACAUAUGAGACUGAAUUUUUCAAAACUGAAUGCCAGAUAAAAAUAUAUAUAUAAAGGAUUUUUAUAUUGAACGUGUACAUAUAUUGCAAAUGCUUUCGGGCUGCUUACCUCAGUGAUAUUAUUAGUUUCAUAAUUUAUGACCUGAGUCCAUUUAAUUGUCCAGAAUGUAAAAAAGCUACAAGAUAUAGGAGUUUCCUCAAAGAAGGCAUAUAUUUUUAAAGGUAGAGACUGACUUCUAUUCCAAGGAACAUCAAUUUACUGUUGUUGGAGACAUGACAAUCUUUUUCAUCCCGGGAACACAAACAAUUUGUAAGUAUGCUCGAAAGAAUGUCAUUCCAAGUGGUCCACAAUUUAACUUUCUUGAUUUUUCUACUGGGUCCCUUUUAAAAACAGUUAUUUUCUUUGAGAAAGAUGUUAAUGUUUUCCCACAGUAAAAGAUUUCAAACUCUAUUUUCUUGUUACUUUUAAAAUACAUGCUAAGUUUCUCUCUGAAUCAAAUGAAAUUGAAGUUUACAAAGCUGACUUUCUUCUUGUCUGGCUAUUAACGUGAUUUGUUGAGUGCAUGUUUUUCAGCCAAAGCCUUGUUUCCAUUUUUUGUUGAUGUGGACUCUUGCUCUUUUAGCCAGAGUGUAUGUGAAAAUAAAGAAAUAUAAAGAA